AUGAGUUGGAAGGUUGUAGGCAUUAUCUCUAGCAUAAUGUCCACGUUCAACGUAUUUGUCGUGUUAAACAUAAUCCGCGUGAUAUAUUCAGACUUUGGGGCGCACGAAAUUUGUAAGAAUGAUGAUUGUAACGCUAAGGUUAUGUCUUGUAAAAUAGUUAUUUUGUUUCACGCUUCUUUGUUAGCGUUAUCAAUUGGCUACCUUAGCGGAUUUAUAACAUUUGAUCCUAUAAUAUACAUAAAGCGCAGUUUAGGGCUGGUGGCGAGCGAGGGGCCUGCUAGAGGAGGAGGGAGGUACAGACCACUGCUACAUAAUACGAGUGAUGAACUGUUUGAGCUCAAGUAA